AUGUCCGUCCGCAAGGUAGAGUUUGAAAUCGCCGGUGGGUACUGGAUUCAGAAGAGCCUGUUGUUGGAAUCGAGGACUUUGUCUGCCUUGAGCGUCAUUGCAGGGAGCGAACACGUCCCCUGCUCAGUGCUGGCCGCCUCGAGCGGGCUGGUCGGAGAUUGGUCCGAUGCCGGCAAGCCCCGCGAAUAG